GCAUUGCGGACUUGCAACAAUGAACAACUCAAGUGUGGAUGCAAAUCUGGACGCAUUGAGCAAAACAACCACUGUCCCAUCUAGUGAAUAAUGGUGGUCCACAGGAAAUUCUCCUGAAAGGAAGGUCCACGCAGUGGAAACACAACUCGAGGACACUUUCAAAGCGGUACGCAACAACCAUAUAAAUACUGUGUCGGUGGCCUUCAUCCUCUAUCCCUUACCAACUGUACCUGCUACCACUGCGAACGCAUACACAUCCUCACAACAUUUCGAUCAAUUAUCUACUGGCCCAGAUGACCCAAUCUACCUCCCACCCCUCAUCGUACGGUUCCAAUUUUUCCAGUGCCAUACAGACGCAUGCUGCCGCUCCCCCAUACGCGCCCGUCUGUCAAAAGCGUGUCGCAGAAGACCUCGAAGACCGCGAGACCAAGCAGAUCAAAAUGGGCUCUGGCGAGAUCAACAACGACCCGUAUUUUAAACCUGUGUUAGAUCAAUAUGGUCAACAUGAUGGGACAUACGUGUGCUCUAAGGAUGGUAUGGUAAUCCGUCCUGGCAGACAUAUAUACGAUGUCAAGACAGCAAAACAUCUUUGUUGCGGGCUCGUGCUAUUCCAAUGCCCUCUGUCUCUGGAAACUUGUACCCGACGUGGUGCCUGCAAGAGGCAUGGGGACGACGGCUGUAGAAAGCUAGCAGCUGAGGGUGCUCCCCCAUACUCAGCCACUUACCAAGGUUCCAUGAGUUCUGCUUCUACUUCGCCUGUGGGAGUACCCACUGCGGCAUUCACGUUCAGUUUCCCCACAACCGCCACGACGACGCCCGAUAGCUCACCGCCAGAGACUAUGCUGACAAAGGCCACCGAACACGCCCUAAACCCUGAGUCUUUGGCGGCUAAUGAGAUACAGGAUCCUGCUUUAUUGGCACCCGUGCCUCCCCCAUCUCGAGUACUGGAGAUUACAUUCGCAGAGGGCCAUGGAGACCUUGACUUUUGGAGGGGGAUUCACGAUGCAGAGGACUUUUUGGAUCCUGUCCUUCCCAUCUCCGAGCCUUCGACCCCUCUGUUGCCAGAGACCAUGAUCGCAGAGGCCACCGAAGACCCAGGUGUUUGGAAUCUCAUCAAUGAGAUAGAGGGGUCUAUGGAUCCCGAUCUUCCUCUCUGCGAGUCUCCCACAGAUGCCGCUGAAGACCCUGAUUUUUGCCGCUUUCCAAUCAGGGCCCUUUUCAUAAGUUCUUGGCUAAAUAAUUCUUACGGGAGCGCUUUACACCAACGAUCCCCCCUCUGAAUCAACAUCUCUCUCCUCUGCACGUAUCGACCAUGAGAUGUAGAGUUCACAUUUUUCACUUCUUUACUACUAUCCCCUAUCCUUUCUAUGUUUUGCUAUCUGCUGUCGCCUAUUCUUGUAUAGCACCAUACAUUCUUUCAUACUCUAUGGCACAGUGCACUACCUCUUCGUUCUUACUAUUACCAUUAUUGUGGUUGUUAUCAUUGGUCAAAUACACAUUACUUUGAUCU